AUGACACUGUCAGUGGUCGAUGGAGAAACUGUUGUGGGUUUCAGAUUUCUGUGCCUGGAUGUGAAAGCCUUCCCCCAUGCUGCUGCCAGGUUAGCAGUAGAACGAAUAAGCAAAGACCCUUCAAUAGAUCUUGGCCAGAGGUUGGAUUAUGUGGUCCUGCAAGAAGAGUGUGAGACAUCAAGAGCUUUGGUUAGAUUCAUUGACUUUGGAAAGACUUUCUCAGCUUUCAUAGGACCUUUGAACCCUGGCUUCUGUGAAGAGGCUACAUAUUUAGUGGAAAACUGGAAUAAAGCCAUCUUCUCAUGGAUGUGCAUCAACUACAAACUGGAUUCUACCACCCACCACCCUGCGUUUGCCAGAACCCUGCCUUCUCCAACCCGAGUUUUGUUUACAAUAAUGAAAUAUUUUCAGUUGGCCCAUGUUGGCAUCAUUGCUUCCAAUCAGGCAGUUUGGAUGGACACAUCCAACAAGUUAGCGAGCGCACUCAGGAACCAGGGGCUGCCUGUAGGCAUUGUUACAUCCAUGGGUAAGGGAGAAAAAGGCAUCGAAGACACUUGGAACAGGAUCAAAAAAGUUAUUAUCCUUCUGUGCAUGCAUUCUGUGCUCAUUGGAGGGGAGGAACAGGCUGCCUUACUCAAAAAAGCACAGGAAAUGGGACUAACGGAUGGAAGAUACAUCUUCAUUCCAUAUGACACUUUACUUUACAGCCUUCCUUACCCAAACAACUCAUUCUAUGUCCUCGACAAUGACAGAAAGCUCCAGGAAGCUUAUGAUGCUGUGCUGACCAUCACACUGGAGUCUGGAAACUGGACAUUUUAUGAUGCAUUCAGGGAAGCUAAAGAAAAUGGUGAAAUAGCCAGUGAGAUAGAAGAUACACAGGUUUCUCCACUCUUUGGGACAAUCUAUGAUGCCAUUUACUUCAUGGCACUGGCAAUAAACAAUGCUCGAAGGAAAGGAGUCUGGAUCUCAGGAGCUAAUAUAACAGAGUACACAAGAAAUGUCAGUUUCCAUGGAUUUAGCCACUUUGUAGAGACAGACAGCUGUGGGAAGUGGCUGUGCAACUAUGUGGUACUAGACACAGAUGGUCAUGGGAGCCAGCUCUCCCCAACUCACUUGCUGGACAUGUCUUCAGAGUCUGUCAAACCCCUAGGCAAGGACAUUCACUUUCCAAGUGGAACCCCACCAAAGAAAGACUGCAGCUGUUGGUUUGAUCCAGAUGUUCUCUGCUCUGGAGGGAUUGAGCCUACAAUCAUGAUCUUGGGAGCAAUGCUGGUAUUUGCCCUGGUGCUGUGUGCUGUGGGCCUGGCUUAUCUCAUCAGGCAUAGCAUCCUGAACAGCCAGUUAUUCAGGGGUCCUAACAAGAUAAUACUGACACUGGAGGACCUCAUCUUCAUUAACCCAGAGCUGCAUAAAAAGAGACUAACACUGGACAGUUUGACUGAUGCUAACAGUGUAGCUGAAAUCAGAAGCCAGAAAUCCACAAUCCGCUCUGGUUCUUUGAAAAGCACCGCUGCCACCCACGAAACCUCCAAUGUGGCUUUGUAUGAGGGAGACUGGGUAUGGCUGAAAAAAUUUGAGACGGGAGCAAUUCACCACCUGCGACAAAGCUCUACCAGCAUCCUGAGGAAGAUGAAAGAUCUACGUCAUGAAAAUGUGAAUCUGUUCCUGGGAUUUUUCUCUGACUGUGGCAUCUUUGCCAUAGUGACAGAGUACUGUUCCCGAGGAAGCCUGGAAGACUUGCUGAAAAAUGAAGAUAUGAAACUGGAUUGGAUGUUCAAGUCCUCCCUCCUGAUGGAUCUAAUUAAAGGAAUCAGGUAUCUGCACCAUCGAGAUUUUGCCCACGGACGUCUGAAGUCUCGUAACUGUGUUGUGGAUGGACGGUUUGUGCUGAAGAUCACUGACUAUGGUUAUAAUGAGCUCUUGGAAGCCCAGAAAUGCCCUUAUGUUCACCCACCCCCAGAAGAAUUGCUCUGGACAGCCCCUGAAUUGCUGAGGGACCCAGACAUGCGCAGAAAAGGCACAUUCAAAGGAGACAUUUACAGCUUUGCAAUUAUCCUACAAGAAGUUGUUGUUCGGGGCCCACCGUACUGCACUUCAGACCUCUCAGCUGAAGAAAUUAUAAAGAAGGUGAAGAAACCACCUCCCCUGUGCCGCCCAAACAUAGCUCCUGAGAUGGCCCCCCUGGUGUGCAUCCAGGUAAUGAAGCAAUGCUGGGUUGAAGCUCCUGAACGACGUCCCACCUUUGAGGAGGUAUUUCAUAAGUUCAAAACCAUCAACAAAGGCAAAAAGACCAAUAUAAUUGACUCAAUGCUCAGAAUGCUUGAACAGUAUUCAAGCAACUUGGAAGAUUUAAUCAGAGAGCGGACAGAAGAGCUAGAGAUUGAAAAACAGAAAACAGAGAAACUCUUAUCACAAAUGCUUCCUCCAUCAGUAGCAGAAGCCCUCAAGACUGGUGGCACUGUGGAGCCUGAAUAUUUUGACCAAGUCACCAUCUACUUCAGUGACAUCGUGGGCUUCACAACCAUUUCAGCCCUCAGCGAACCCAUUGAAGUAGUUGACCUCCUGAAUGACCUUUACACUCUGUUUGAUGCUGUUAUUGGAAAUCAUGAUGUUUACAAGGUAGAGACCAUUGGAGAUGCCUACAUGGUUGCCUCAGGGCUUCCGAAACGGAAUGGAAACAAGCAUGCAGCUGAGAUAGCCAACAUGUCCCUAGACAUCCUCAGCUCAGUGGGAACGUUCAAGAUGAGACACAUGCCAGACAUCCCCCUCAGGAUAAGAAUCGGCCUGCACACAGGGCCCUGUGUGGCAGGUGUGGUUGGCCUGACCAUGCCCCGGUACUGCCUCUUUGGAGACACAGUGAACACAGCAUCACGAAUGGAGUCCACGGGUCUGCCUUACAGAAUUCAUGUCAGCCAAAGUACGGUGGAUACACUUCGGUCUCUAAAUGAAGGCUAUGAAAUCGUUCCUAGGGGAAAAACAGAACUGAAGGGUAAAGGAGUAGAAGACACAUAUUGGCUGGUUGGGAAAAGAGGAUUUCUGAAGCCCUUACCUAAACCUCCUGAAAUAAAGCCAGGGUGUAAAGCUCAUGGGUUACCCUCGGAAGAAAUUGCAGAGUUCAAAAGGAGGAAAGCUGCAAAACAACUUGGCAAAAAGGCCUAG